CAUGGAUCAGCCAGCCAGCCAGCAACUGUCAUCUUCCCUUAGCAACCGGGACCUCAGGAAGUGCAACCUCAGCCAAUGAGUGGUCUCGGUGUUAAGAGGUGCUGUUACGUAGCCCGUCCAACAUGGAGUCUAUAGGAAGGCGUGAGUGACUUUGUAAAGGAAGUUCAUAAGGAAAAUGUGAUAUAAGUAUAUAUGUUUGAGUCAAUAUUACUAGGGUCAGUGCUAGGAAUUCAGUUGUUAAGAGAUGUGUCGUUCAUUUAAGUAAAAAAAGGCAUGCAAUCCUGAUUUGGACAAAACAUAGCGUUAAAUUAAUCAGUGUUUUUUUAUGAUAGUGACUUUUUUUUUUUUUUUUUUUUUGCACUGAAGCCGUGGUAUUUUUUUAAUAAUAUAUUAAUCUUCAGUUGUUACAUGCUUUCUUAUUUGCCACCAAUUAGUGGAGGGUAGUGAAAGUAAUUAAUGUGAGCAACUGUCGCUUUAUGUAUGGCUUAAUACAGUCUGACAUGUCAGAUUGGGCCGUCAACUUUUAAUAGUUUGAUGCUAACAACGCCGGAAAAGUUAACUUUUUAAAUUCUGGAUUUAAAUUGAUUUUCGCAUUCGAGCUGUAUAGUUAUCUCAUUAGAGCCUUUACAAUGCUACUGUCCCUGGUGGUGCACACAUAUUCCAUGCGGUACUGGUUCCCUGCAGCUGUAAUGUUGGGCACAGCCCCAGCUUACCUGCUUUCUUGGAGUUCCUGGCGGCUCCUCUCCAUGGUCCUUCCAGCUAGGUUAUACCAUAGCGUGGACGAUCGUGUUUACUCGGUCUACCAGAGCAUGAUCCUUUUCUUCUUCGAGAACUACACAGGGGUCGAGGUAGUUAUUUAUGGAGAUAUACCAAAGAACAAAGAGAAUGUGGUCUACAUUUCCAAUCAUCAGUGUACAGUUGACUGGAUAAUCGCUGACAUGCUUGCAGUCAGACAGAAUGCCCUUGGACACCUGCGAUAUGUUUUAAAAGAUGGAUUGAAAUGGCUUCCGUUAUAUGGAUGGUAUUUUUCUCAGCAUGGAGGUGUUUAUGUGAAGCGAAGUGCCAAAUUUGAUGAAAAAGCAAUGAGAAACAAACUUAUUUCUCAAACAAAAUUAGGAACCCCGAUGUAUCUUGUCAUUUUUCCAGAAGGAACCCGUUACAAUCCCGAACUCCAAAAAGUAAUUUCUGCUAGUCAAGCUUUUGCUUGUAAAGAAGGACUUGCAGUGCUGAAGAAUAUACUAACACCAAGAAUGAAAGCCACCCAUAUAGCUGUAGACUCAAUGAAGGACCACUUGGAUGCCAUUUAUGAUAUCACUGUAGCAUAUGAAGGAACUCUUGACAGCAAAGGUCGAAGAAAGACUGCUCCGUCUAUGCCAGAGUUCUUAUGCAAGGAAUGCCCCCGAGUUCACAUUUACUUUGAACGCAUCGACAUGAAAGAAGUUCCUCAAGAACCUGUGUUCUUUCGGAGGUGGCUACAUGAUCGAUUUACGGUCAAAGACAAGUUACUAACUGACUUCUAUGAAUCUGAAGAGCCUGAAAGAAAAAACAAGUUCCCAGGAGAAGGUCAUGUAUCACCACUGAGUAUUAAGAAGACUUUGCCAUCUUUGAUUUUCUUGGCUGGCCUAACAUUGCCAAUGUUGUUGACAGAGUCUGGAAGAAAACUGUAUAUAAACACCUGGGUUUAUGGAACUUUGGUGGGUUGGUUGUGGGUUAAUAUAAGACCGUAAGAAAAACAAACCUGUGAUACCAUUUAUAAUGAGUUUUGAACACCCAACCACCUCUCUUCCCCCAGAACAAUGACUCGGAAACCAGAUACUUAAAUAAACCCAUUUUUAAAACUGGUGGCUUAUAUACCCCCCUUUACAAAUUGGUGGCUUAUAAUGUACCUUUAACCUUAAUGGUUCUAUGAAAACUGCUAUUAACUUUUUUCUUUCAUUUAGUUACAACAUAAUUAAAGUACACAGGAAUCUACAUGUCUUUGGAUACCAAAUGAGCUGACCAAUUAAAGAACGUUGCUUUGUUAUUGAUCUAAGAAUCAGUCUACUUGAAAACAGAUUAAUUACACCAUAGAUUUGUGGCGAUGUAUUAACCAUUACAAAUAAUUAAAAGUAUUGAAUUUAGUAUUAAAGUACAAAUCUCAUAAAGUAGAGCUAGCCUACUGUAUUUUAAACCAUCACAGAAAAUGAAUGGUAUUGGUCAAAGCUGAAAUACAUUUACACUGAAUAGAAUAGUGUUGGCAUCACGUAUUUUAAUACAUUGGUAAGAAAUUCAACCAAGUUUAGAAAAAAAAAAAUAAUAAAUUAAGCUUACACUGAUUACUGUCCAUGUAAAACACUGAGCCCCAUGAACACAGUAGUCAUUUAAGGUUUAAAAACUUUGAAGCAUAACUGAUGGCAGUCUGUAGUGUUUUUUUGUUUUGUUUUUUUUUGUCACCAGUUAUUACAAUCCAGCUGAACAGACAUGCUCAUAUUAACCUUGAAUCCAGUGUGUAUAGGUAGUAUCAUAUGUCUUCAGUUUAGAUGGGAUUGGUCACAGCUUUGUAUAGUUCUUGAAAAUUUCUGCUCUGCUUUGUAUAACCAUGGCUUUGUGUGCGCUUUGCAAGCUUCAUCGUAUGUGCAAGACCAAUUGGCAUUUAUAAAUAGAAGUUAACUAUUUCUAUAUUAAUAAAGAUGUGCCCCCAUUUUUCUUGCUUUCACCACUUCAAAUAAAAUAUAUAUAUAUAU